GGUUAGUGGCUUCGGUGCCGAGGAGGUAGGCAGGCAGCAGCGCGGCCAUGGACGACGUCGUGGACCGCGCGCGGGGCGGCGACGAGAUCGAGAAGCACGGGCCGGGGCCCGAGGACAUGGAGUCCGACCCCGCGGCGGCGGCGGCGCGCGAGAAGGAGCAGGUGCGGCCGUGGCGCGAGCAGGUGACCCUCCGCGGCAUGGUGGCGGCUCUGCUGAUCGGGUUCAUGUACACGGUGAUCGUCAUGAAGAUCGCGCUCACCACGGGGCUGAUUCCCACGCUGAACGUCUCCGCGGCGCUCAUCGCCUUCCUCGCGCUCCGCGGGUGGACGCGCGCGCUGCGGCGCCUCGGCAUCGCGCACCGCCCCUUCACGCGCCAGGAGAACUGCGUCAUCGAGACCUGCGCCGUCGCGUGCUACACCAUCGCGUUCGGCGGUGGGUUCGGCUCCACGCUGCUGGGCCUGGACAAGAAGACGUACGAGCUGGCCGGGAACUCGCCGGCCAACGUGCCGGGGAGCUACAAGGACCCUGGGUUCGGCUGGAUGGCCGGAUUCAUGGCGGCAAUCAGCUUCUCGGGCCUCCUGAGCUUGAUCCCCCUCCGAAAGGUUUUAGUCAUCGACUACAAGUUGACUUACCCGAGCGGAACCGCAACUGCUAUUCUCAUAAACGGUUUCCACAGCAAGCAAGGAGACAAGAACGCAAAGAUGCAGGUCCGUGGGUUUCUGAAGUAUUUUGGGCUCAGCUUCGUAUGGAGUUUUUUCCAAUGGUUCUAUACAGGUGGCGACGUUUGCGGUUUUGUUCAGUUCCCUACAUUUGGUCUGAAGGCUUGGAAACAAACAUUCUUCUUUGAUUUUAGCCUUACGUAUGUUGGUGCGGGGAUGAUUUGUUCGCACCUUGUCAACAUCUCCACCCUCCUUGGUGCGAUCUUGUCGUGGGGAAUAUUGUGGCCACUCAUCAGCAAGCAGAAAGGGGAGUGGUACCCUGCAAAUGUACCAGAAAGCAGCAUGAAAAGCCUAUAUGGUUACAAGGCCUUCCUCUGCAUAGCUCUGAUCAUGGGAGACGGUCUGUACCACUUCUUCAAAGUCCUUGGUGUCACCGUUAGGAGCCUGCAUGAGCGUCUAAACCGGAAACGUGCUAGCAACAGAGUGGCAAAUGGGGAUCAAAUGGUCCCGCUCGACGAUCUGCAAUGCGACGAGGUCUUCAACGAGGGUUCUUUCCCCGCCUGGGCAGCUUACUCCGGGUACGCAGGGCUCAGCGUCAUCGCCGUGAUCACCAUUCCAUUCAUGUUCCGGCAGAUCAAGUGGUACUACGUCAUCGUGGCCUACGUCCUCGCCCCUCUCCUCGGCUUCGCCAAUUCCUACGGCACGGGGCUCACCGACAUCAACAUGGCCUACAACUACGGCAAGAUUGCGCUCUUCAUCUUCGCCGCGUGGGCCGGCAAGGACGGCGGCGUCAUCGCGGGCCUCGCCGGCGGCACGCUGGUGAAGCAGCUGGUGAUGGCCUCCGCGGACCUGAUGCACGACUUCAAGACGGGCCACCUGACCAUGACGUCGCCGAGGUCCCUGCUCGCGGCGCAGUUCAUCGGGACGGGCAUGGGCUGCAUCAUCGCGCCGCUCACGUUCCUGCUCUUCUACAACGCGUUCGACAUCGGGAACCCGAACGGCUACUGGAAGGCCCCCUACGGGUUGAUCUACCGGAACAUGGCCAUCCUCGGCGUGGAGGGCUUCUCCGUGCUGCCGAAGCACUGCCUGACGCUCUCCGCGGGGUUCUUCGCGUUCGCGUUCGUCCUCAGCGUUGCGAGGGAUGUCCUGCCGCGCAGGUACGGUAGGCUGGUGCCCCUCCCGAUGGCGAUGGCGGUGCCGUUCCUUGUGGGCGGGAGCUUCGCGAUUGACAUGUGCGUCGGGAGUUUGGUCGUCUUUGUCUGGGACAAGAUGAACAAGAAGGAAGCGGCCUUCAUGGUCCCUGCGGUGGCCUCCGGUUUGAUCUGCGGAGAUGGCAUAUGGACGUUCCCGUCCUCCCUUCUUGCCCUUGCCAAGAUCAAGCCACCAAUCUGCAUGAAGUUCACACCUGGAAGCUAGAGAAAUUGGGCAGUAAUCCAGGAAUGGAGAAUUGGGAGAUACAAUCCAGGGAUCAGUGGUGAUUUGUGAUGCAAUAAAUUUCUCAAGUCAAGUCUCCUUGAUCACAGUUAUUCGUUGUUUUACAGAAGCUACGUUACAUGGGAUUUCUAGAGCUGAUAUGUUGUCAUGCAUGAUCCACAAUUGUGGAAGUGUUUUGAAGGGGUGAUGAUGAUUGCAAGGACUAACCAACACUUCCAUGCUAAUUGAGUGCGUGCGUGUGCGUGUGUGUGUGAGUAAUUGUACUUUUGUAAUCAUGUUUGUGUGCAUAUGCCGGGAGAAUAUUUUAAUGCAUAAAAUGUUUGACAUAUAUAGCUUGUGGAA